CCUCAGAACACCAGUCGUAUAAGGAUCAGUAUUCUGUUGCAAUCGGUUAGCAACAAUGCAGUUCUUCGUUCUCGCUCUUUGUGUUGUGGCUGCCACGGCCACAUAUCCGAUAUACAAUGGCGGCGGACGUGGCAGAUAUCCUAUUGGCGGUAUUGGAUAUCCGAUAGGCGGUGGUGGAUAUCCCGGUGGCGGAUAUCCUGGUGGUGGAUAUCCCGGUGGUGGAUAUCCCGGUGGUGGAUAUCCCGGUGGUGGAUAUCCCGGUGGUGGAUAUCCCGGUGGUGGAUAUCCAGGUGGUGGAUAUCCUGGUGGAUAUCCUGGUUGUGGAUAUCCUGGUGGUGGAUAUCCCGGUGUCGGAUAUCCUGGUGGAUACCAGAUAGGCGGUGGAUAUCCCGGUGGUGAAUAUCCCGGUGGUGGAUAUCCCGGUGGUGGAUAUCCCGGUGGCGGAUAUCCUGGUGGUGGAUAUCCCGGUGGUGGAUAUCCUGGUGGAUAUCCUAUGGGCGGAUAUGACGAUGACGAUUAUAGCAGCGGUAUAUACGGAGGCGGGUUUCCAAUGAUGGGCGGAUCUGGUGGCUUUGGUUUCGGUGGCGGCAGUAUGCCAGGUUUCGGUGGACUCGGCGGAGGAGGAUACCGGCCAAAGAAAGGGAAAGGGAAAGGAAGAUACUAUUAGUAUGAACGACUGCAUGAAAACAUUCGACACAAUGAAGACACCGCUGAGUGUGUUCCUGUGAAACAUUUGUAUCUAAUUAUAUUUUACUUAUAAACCGUUGCAUCCCA